UAUCCCGCUGCUCCAACCGGUGCGCUCAAAAGCGAGAGCGCAGGAGUGGGUGUUAGACAGCAGAAAGAGCAAGAGAGAAAAACCAGAGAAAGCUUUUUGCUGUAACAUGUGGAGACAAUAAAACUGCUGUGCAAGCGUAGCAUCAGUGUCCGAUCAGCGGUGAAAGGAGAGGAGAAGAGCAAAAGAAAAACGGAGCGCCAGUUCGUCCCCCCGCUUCAGCUCCGCAGGAAGGAGAGACGCAGAGGAGGAAAGAUUCCCCUAAACGCAGUGAGAGCGUCGGAUGAGGAGAAGAGGAGAGCGGAGGGCAUUGGAUAGGCAACACCAAGGAUGGCAGCUCCAGACUUAUUGGACCCUAAAUCCGCCACUCACAACACCAAGCCCCGCCUCUCCUUCUCCACAAAGCCAAUCACGCUGACUCCCCGGGAGGAGAGUGAGGUGGUUGCCACAGUGAUGAAAUGGAAGACAGUGACAGCCAUCUUUCUUUUGGUGGUACUGUACCUGGUGAUGGGAGCAGCCGUCUUCAGAGCCCUGGAACAGCCUCAUGAGAGUGCCCAGCGUUUGGCCAUCCUGUCCCAGAAGCUGGAGUUCCUGGCCAGACACUCCUGUGUCAACCAGAGUCAGCUGGAGGAGCUGGUUAAGCAAGUUGUGUCUGCUAUCCGUUCAGGAGUAAACCCUGCAGAAACACUGACCAACCACAGCAGCCUGUGGGACCUGAGCUCCGCCUUCUUCUUUGCUGGGACCGUCAUCACAACCAUCGGUUUUGGGAACAUCUCUCCCCAUACAGAGGGCGGAAGAAUCUUCUGCAUCGUCUAUGCGUUGCUGGGGAUACCCCUGUUCGGCUUUCUUUUGGCGGGUGUUGGGGAUCAGCUCGGCACCAUCUUCGGCAAGGGCAUUGCCAGAGUGGAGAAGAUGUUUGUGCACUGGGACAUCAGUCAGACAAAGAUCCGGGUCAUAUCCACCCUACUGUUUGUGUUGUUUGGCUGCUUGCUGUUUGUGGCGCUCCCAGCAGCCAUCUUUAAACACAUCGAGGGGUGGUCUGCGCUGGAGUCUCUUUACUUUGUGGUCAUUACCCUGACCACCAUAGGAUUUGGGGACUUUGUAGCAGGUACAAACACAGCCAGUGGCUCAGAAAUAGAUUACUUGGACUACUAUAAACCAGUUGUAUGGUUCUGGAUUCUGGUGGGAUUGGCGUACUUCGCUGCCAUCCUCAGCAUGAUAGGAGACUGGCUGAGAGUCAUCUCCAAGCGGACCAAAGAAGAGGUGGGAGAGAUCCGCGCUCACGCUGCAGAGUGGACGGCUAAUGUCUCAGCAGAGUUCAAAGAAACACGCAGACGUGUUAGUGUUGAGAUCUACGAUAAGUUCCAGCGCGCCGCAUCGAUUAAACGCAAACUGUCCUCGGAGCUGGGAUUCAGCCCUGCCCCUGAGCUUACGUUGCCCAGGAGAACUGCGUCGGUCAAUUACAGUGAUGAGCGGGAGAGGAACGAGAAGGAGGCUGGGCUGCAGGGCCUGACGACACCACUGGCCAGAAACGGUGGUUUGAUCAUAAAUGGUUUGGACCCAGAGAGAGGAGAUAUCGCAAUCAUAGAGCACCUCAAGUAGAAAGACGAUGGCCAACACCUUUCAAGGUCUUUCUGAGGUCUUUCAGUUUGCAAUGAGAAAAGCAACGACACCAACAUGCUGCAAGUCAUCAUUUGUGGCAUCAGUGCUGAGAGCAGAUGUUUUUAUUCACAAAUUAAGUAAUUAUGAAAAUGUGGUGACUCCAGGAGGGACAUCUUCACCCCUCUACAGGGAGGUUGGAGUAUGUGGAGGGAGCCAAAACCCCCUUCAAGAACACUUCAAUGGAUUUUUGACAAUAGAAGACAUUUAAAGAAUGAGAAAAAUACAUAAUACAUGAGUUGUUCUGAAGUUGUCCUGGAUGAGAACUGGGAUGAGACUAGAUGUCAAGCAAACCUCACUCAGCUGUUGGGAAUGGAAAGAUCUUGGAAUAAAGUACAUUUUCCCGUUAAUGUUGACUUGGGUUCAGCGUUUAUCUCUGCUAAAGGACAAAAGAAAACGUACUGUAAACAUACAGUCACAGUAUUUGGUGACCCAAUAUGGAAAAAAUCUGAAGAACUUCCAAACGUGCCUGUCUGCGUCUGCAGAGUCCAAACUCUAAACAUAUUCUAUAUUUGAACAAUUUAGGAUGAAAUGUUAAUACAAAAGUUAUACAACCUAAAAUGUCUCUGUUUGGUAUCUGGAUGCAGAGUGACGCUGUUAACUGAAACAUCAGAUGCUGCUUCAGCUCUGUACUGUAAAUGGUGAAAUGUAAUGAUAUCAGACAUGUGAAAGUAAGAUGUUUGAAAUACAGAGAUGGUGGAUUUCUUCAAAAUGACUGUAGAAUGUAAAGAAGUUCAGGUUGUGAAGAUGGCAGGCGGUGACAUAUUGUUUGUGCUACAGACAUUUAGAUUGAGAUCAUAUCAGAGGUUUAUUUUUUCUGGCAAAGGACAAUUACUCACAAAAAAAAUUAAAUGUUUGCAAUUCUGAAAAUGUUCAAUCCUGCACCAAAGCUUAACCAAAAUGCAAAAUUUAAAAGCAUGUGCAGUUUAAACUCUUAAACUCUUUAUGAUUAUAAUUCUAACCGCUGCAAUCAGCUGUAAUAGAGGAACAUAUGUUUAGUUUCAUGAGUUUAGUCACCAGGUAUGAUACUUGAAAUAAUCUGUUGCAUGUUAUGGUGGAAUAUCAUCACCACAAGCCACUGUAAUACUGAAAAGAUGUGCUGUUAUAUGAGUGCGUUUCUUUACUUUUGGUGUUUUUCCUCCAACCUUUGUCAGACAUGUCGGUAAAUGUUCUAAUUUACAGACACACAGUAGUGAAAAAUAGUUAAUAUUGUUACCAACAACAAAUAUAAGCCAUUAUUUUUAUAGCUAGGCCAUAAUAAUUACUUUUACUCAGCAAUUUCAAAUUUACAACUACACUCAGACCUGGCAUAUUUCAGUCAAACAAGCUUUUGAGUUACUUCUUUAUUUACCAUUCCCAGUAAGAUGUAUCUGUCUUUAAACUGGUUACCAGUGACAGCCAUGACAGUAGUACAGUGCUUUCGUAAAGAGCUUAGUAAGACUGUAGAUCUCUUUGUAACGUUGUCAUCUCAACGUUUUUAUUGUGACACAUCACUACAUGGCGUAUUUACCACUAACUCCUCUCAGCUGUAGAGAAAGAAGCAGAAGGAGAAAAGUUCAAAAUGUCUCUGAUUCUGGAUGCAAAAGAAAUGUGAGAGCGCCGAUUGUUUCUAUGUGGAGAUUCAUCAAACUUUUGCUGUGCCUUAAACUUUUUAUUUUGCCAAACUAAGGCCGAGCACAACACACUGUGAAGUGGACAACUGACUCAAACAUCGUCAUAAGUAACCAAACUAUGUGACGUUGGUGUAUAUCUAGUCCAACAAAACUAAUUCAGUUGUUUACAUUCAGGAUACUGCGCUGGCCUCGAUCCACAUGGACACAUACUCAGCCAAUGCUUUGUUUCUGUUAUAAUAUUUGAAUGACCCAGUGGAUCAGGCGAGACUGCUGCUGAUUUAGUUGCUGGUAGCAGAAAAAGUUCAUAUUUGUCUUGGAAACUGUAGUAGUUGCCCAUGAAGGAUGCUUUGUCUCUUUGAGCCAAUUAGACACAACCAUUAAAAUUGUUCAUUUACGUGAGACAAAAGUCUCAACUUCUGGAGUUGUAAUAGAGAUGAGAUUAUUGUUAUUAAUGAGAUAUGACAUAUUUAAUUUCUCUCUCACACUGAUGACCUCUUUGUAGGUCUUCAGUGUGAACAUGCACACAUCAAACUUCAAUGUUGAGACAAAGUUUUCACCCAAGUUUGAAUCAGGCCAGUGCUGUCAAAUAUUCACAAACACAUUAACUCACAUUACACACACUAACUAAAUUAACAUCUGACGGAGCUGCAGCUUCAUGGUUUAGAGUCCAUAUAACAUAUCAUAGUAUUGUAUUGGUAUGUUGUGAGGAGCAGGACCUGAAAUGAAAAUAACAAAUUAAUCUGUUUCUGCUUUUCCAGCAAAUCUUUCAGUUUACUCGCUGCUGACCGACCUAAAACUGCUAUAUUUCACAUUGUACACAUUUCUGAGUUGUGCCAAAUCUGAGAAAACAUUUCUGGUAAACUUUCCAAUGAGAAGGUAUGAUUUUAUCAUCUGAUCUUUAACUGUCUUUAUCAGUUGUCAUACAUUUGGUGCCCUGGAGAACACUGUAUCUCCACUUUUUAUGUCUGUGGACAUGCGUGACCUUAAGGAUGAGUCAAACUACUGAUGUGAUUGUUUUAAGUGUCAGAAAACUUGUUCUGGAGCAUCAGUCAAACCAUUUGUGUUUGUUUAUGUAAUAAUGUCCUUCUGCAAGCCCCCGAAGUUACUGUUAGGAUUUAUAAGCAAAAUGACAUAGAGAAUAUAUUCACACACACACACACACACACAAUGAGGGUUCUCUUGUACACCUGCCGUUGAAAAUGCACUUUGAUUAACAGCAUUUGAACGUAACAACAUGCCACAGCUCUCACCGCUAACCAGUCCAUCCAAUCAGAAGGCUCUGAUUCUGUUAUGUGGCGUUAACUAUAACUACAUAAAACGUUUCAGUCUGACGAUGACAGCGAGAGUUUAACCCUUAGAUUAAUGACAACAUACACGAGGAGUGUGACACCAUCUUCAAAAGAGUCAUUCUUUUAUCUAAAAGCCACAGUGAUCAAGCUGUGAGGAAUAUUUACAACUUAUGAUUUAGAUUUUAAGUUGUAUUUUUUUUUAAACAUUGGAAAUUUAUAUUUGACAGCUUUGUAGAUUAGGAUUGAGAACUUUUAGUAGGCUGUUGAAUGAAUUUAGAGAGUAAUGACAAAAUAAAAAAAGUCUGUAGAGUAGCCUCUAAUUCAUCAUGGUGCCAAAAAUGGGCCGAGAACAGCAGGCACAUUUCUGUAUGUGCAGAAAUAAGAAAAAAUGCUAUAAGUAUCCAGUCCAUUUGCAAUUAUUUGAUAUUUUUGGAACUGGCCUCUUUUAUUGGACAUUUUAGUUUGUCUUUUAGAAGUGGACAUUCUCAUCAAAUUAACAGAAAUAUAGGAAAAGUCCAGAGGGUGUAGCUUAUAGCUGGUUUAGACUAUUUCUAGAGUCAUAGUGUUUUUAGUUCUGCACUAACUCAGAGGCUGUAAUAUUCAGUACUAACACAGGAUGGAAACAUUAGUGACGUUACACUGUGUGGUGGCUGGUUGGUCUGUCUUUGCCUUCUCUCUUUGCUAUUCAGUUAAAACAUAUGACAUUGUUACACAAUCAUCCUUUUUUUUAGCUGUGCUAAAGUGAAGCUAACUGAAAAAAAUGUUCCUUUUCCACUAAUGUGCCAGAUGUGUCGAUGAUUUUUAUGGCCGCGAUGAUCAUGAACGCUUUGUAUUUUUCUACACUCUAUGUUUGUACUGGUAGAGUAUUUCUACACUGGUGUAAGUCUGUAUGAAUGUCUGUAGAGCCCAAACGCAAUGUA